AUAAAGGACCACUGGGUCCUGGGGGGAGAGAAGGAGGCCAUGAACGAAGUCAACAUGAUGAGGAAGAUGAAUGGAGUCCGAGGGGUUCCUAAGCUCGUCGAGCAUUGGAUCGUCGAGUCCAGGAACAAAAUCGACCAAACUGCAAACUACCGGUACAAAGUUCUGCGCAGCCUUAAGAACACAUUUCGAACUCACGUUCGCCUCGUCUUGAAGCCGCGCGCGAGACCUUUGCAUCAAUUUCGCACGAGGCUAGAGUUGCUUAGUUCAAUACGCGAUAUCGUGAAGAUUCAGAAGGAUGCAGUGGAAGAGCGCAAUAUUCUCCACCGCGACUGUAGUCUGAACAAUGCGAUGAUCGAGGACGACGGGAAAGACACACACGGGAUGCUGAUAGACUGGGAG